AUGUUGUGUUUCCAGGAGCAAAAAGAAUCCAGAGACAAGUCUUUGAGGAAGUGGCAGAAGGUGUGUGUGUGUGGGGGGGGGGUGUUCAUGUAUAUAAUUCACGCUUCAGUCUCAUCCAAAACACUUCCCCAGCAACUGAUUCAAAACAUGAUGGUCCUCAGAGCCCUGAUGUGUUCGCUCCUCAUGUUUCUGCUCGUUGAUUCUUCUGAAGGACACAUCACGUUCUUCAGCCCCAAAGAGAUGAUGCUCAUGAAGGAGCGAGAGGGGAAGAAGGACAUGGAACCACGUUCUGAAGAUGAGCAGUUCCAGGAUGUGAGUCUGCAGCCUCCAGAGCCCGAAGCAGCGGAGGAGGUGCAGAUUGUGGUGCGUGUGGCUCCGCUGCAGCUCGAUCACUCGGUUCCAGUUUUAGAAGAGUUUGUUCAUAAACAAUAA